CAAUAAUUUAUUUCCUUGUUUACAAAUAGAUCUAUACUAAGUAUAAAGGUAUAUAUUUGCUCUUUAGCGGCACAGACUUAAAUCAAAAUUGGAUCGUAGUUAUUCGUGGCCGUGGUCGCACUGACAUAAUAGACAAAGCAAGCAGGGAAAAAUAACUUCCUUAAAACUCAUUGUGUGUUUUUUUGUUUUGUCGUUUAUACUGGAACGUUACUUCGUGACCAGUAGUGACUUUAACACAUUGAAUGACUAGUUGUGAUAUGUAGAGAAUUGAUGAACAUCAUAUUGGACUAUGUGAUAGUGUGUAGCGUGUGUAAUUUUAGUGUUGUUUUGGUUGCUAGCUCAAUGUAACAUUACAUCUAUUUAAACACUACUUUAGUUUCAGAAGGAUUUUUUAAAACUCAAGCGUAACUUUACAUGUAUAUUAAGUACUUUACAUAUUAGUGUGUUGUAUUUAAAAUUAUUGCUCAUAAAAGGAUGCUUUCUGUCAGGCAUACAGUUCAAUGGGCCUUUAGUAGGCUAUAAGUUCAUAGGAAAUAUAGAUUUCAUAUAGGCCUAGCCGCCUAGAUAAAGAUUUAGACCCAGAGUCAUUUUUUUAAAACGUCAAUGAAUACUUAUUUUACCUUUAUUUUAUUUAUAUCAGAUCAAAACGUUUAAAAAAGCCAUUAUUAAGACUUUUUUUAUUAGCGAAUCGUAGUUAUAAUUUACAUUAAAAAAAAAAUAAAAUCUUAAAUUUAAGUUCCAUGAAAUCCGUUCUACGAACCAGGCGAGUGAGUGCUGUGCUAGACACCAGGUGAAUGAGUGCUGUGCUAGACACCAGGUGAAUGAUAGCCGAGUUUAAAGUGGAUCCUAUUCAUGGGGGAGGCUAAUUGGUCUCUGAACUUGGAAGAAGAAAUUGAUCAGUUGUUUAUUGGCCAAACUAUUUUUCCUGACCGAAGCAACUGGAUGAAGUUAAAAGAAUAUGAGAGUGAGGAUUUGGCCGAAGAGCAUGGGCGCGACGCCCUCAUGGUGGCGUGCACUGAAGGAGAGUUGACAGUGGCGCAGAAGCUCUUGCUUCAAGGUGCUGAUGUAGACUGCAGAAACACGCACGACUACACGCCUCUGAUGGUCGCGGUGGAACACAAUCACGAGAGUCUUGUUCAUUUACUUUUGCAGAACGGAGCAGAUGUCAACCUAACCAAUGAAGAGGGAAGCAACGCUCUUUUCCUAGCAGCCAAGCUCAAGCAUAAGCAGAUCGUUCAAACGUUAUUGGAGCAAGAAGAUAAAGUCCACAUCAGCGAGGCUGUGCUGUUUGCCUCUCAAAACGGUUUUACAGACAUCGCCCAACUUCUCUUGCAGAGCAUGGGCUGGUGGACGCCACUCAUUCAUCUGGCGAACAAAACCCACGGCAGCAUCCUCGAGGUCCGCACCUCGAACGAAUUGAUGGAACCAGUUGACUCCAGUUACACUGCUCUAAUGAUUGCCGCCCUCCUGGGACACGCCGAAACCGUGGAAACACUUUUGAAAACCGGAAGCGAGGUCGAUAAGCAGACUGGGGAUGGGUGGACUGCCCUUAUGCUCGCAGUGUGUUUUCGUCAUCAAAAGGUUACGGAGCUAUUGUUACGGCACCGUGCCACAGCUAAUUUGUACACCAUGGACGGUAAGACGGCCCUGCAGAUGGCUGCCUUCAACGGUUACACCGACCUAGUAGAUUUGCUAUGCCAGAACGGGGCUGAUAUAAAUCUGGCCCCAUACUUCAAAUUCAGCCCCCUGAUCCUCGCCGCCUCCAACGGCCACACGAAGGUCGUGGAGACGCUCCUGAAGUACAGGUGCAACGUCUGGUACAGGGCCCCAAUCUCAGAAAAGAUUGAUAUGAGACAGAAGCCCGGACAGGGGAAGUACCGCCGAAGAUCAUCUGGGUCAAGCAAGAAGUACCUGAGGGCUGUAGACAUGUCCGUACUGUUCGGUUUUAACGAGUGUACGCAGAUACUACAGCAGGAAAUGAAGAGUGACAGAUGUAUUAGUGCCGAGCUGUCACGUGUUAAGGACGACAUGCAAUGUGAAGGACCUUGUGAUGUAUUUGAAGAUGAGACUGUGAAACACAAACAUAAAGAAUUGUGCAACAAAAAUAAUCGACGCCAUGGCGUUUUUCUCUCUGCUAAUGAGCUUGAGACGUUCAUGAAACAAUUAAAAGAUGAAGAAAAACCACCAGCCCACGACGGCAGCAGGUCGUCAAGUUUAAGCCAAGAUGAAAAUAAAAGGGAGUCGUCCAGCUCUGAGGAAACUCUCCAAGAUAUCAAUGCAUCGUACGUGAGGCAGCUAUUGAAUGCUUACUGUAUACCCAAACAUCUACGUGUUGUCAAAAAUGGAGCCAAUUUUUGUGUGUACUUCAAUCAAACUCACAAGUGAGACCAAGAAGUCACGUGGUAUCAGACCAUGUCAAUUUUCUCAGGGAAAAAACUGUGUGGACAUACUUGGGAGAAACUAGAUAGAGCCAUAAAAGAAAGACACACUAAGUGAUCUUAAUUCUAAUUUAAAUGCUAAACAACUCCAGAUUUAUAUUGACUAUGGGUUAACCAUUAAAGCAUUGAAUAUUAAUUAUAAGUUUACUGAGUGGUCAAUAUAUUAUUUAAGUCAUGGAUCUUCUAAUUUAUACUAACCUGUGCAGACUCAACAGUUUUUUUUUCUGGAAAGUUAAGAAAUUUAAAAUUUAUAGAGAAAAAAAAGCAAUCAAAGCAAUUACAAAAUUAUUGACACUACUGAUGAAAUCACAGAGUAAUUGAUAUUACUGCAGUAAUCACAAAGGUGUCAACACUACUGAAGUAAUCACACAAAAAUUGAAAUUAAUGUAGUAAUCACAGAGUUAUUGACAUUACUGCAGUAUUGACAAAGUUAUUGACACUUCUGCUGAAAUCAUAAAAUUAUUGUCCCUUCUGCAGAACACAAAGUUAUUGACACUUCUGCAGAAAAAGUCCUUAGAACUCAGGCAAUGUGUCAUUGAGUUUCUGAUUUCACUUCUGCAAGCUGCAAUACAAGUCAUCACUGUCCAUAAUGGAGUCAACAAAAAUAUCAAAUUGUUACUGUAAAUAAUUCUCAUAAAAACUGUGUGUGUGUGUGCUGUGUAUAUUUUAAUUUAUGACACCAAUAAAUAUUUGAGUCAUAA